GAAGGGGUUUGUUUGCUUUGCCUUCACUGACUGUAUGUUCAGCAGAGAAAGAUUUGUUGUUUAUGGCACGUUCACUCUGUUUGCUACGUCCCUAGUCCAUGCUUGGUGUCGUUUAGCCACUGAAAGAAAUUCCUGAGUCCUGCCUCUUUACUCUGGCCGUGGUGGCAAGAGAGGACUAAGCAAUGGGAGAUCGAUAUGGAACGUCACGACACAAGGUUGACGUUGGCACUGGUUAUGGGCAUCCAUCGUCCUCACUGAGGUACGACUCCGCAGUUUCCAGUGCUGGACAGGCAGGACGCUAUCCGAAUCGAUUGGCCGGGAAUCACAAUAUGGCAGCAAACUCAUCCACUGAUACGUUGAGAAACCUGUCUGCUCAGAUUCAAGGAAUGAUCUCAGAGACCAACACGUUGAGAGGUUCUACCGAUGGUGUCGGUGGCAACCAUCGUGGCUACUCGCCUGCUGCCGCAGCAGCACCCUAUCAGACUGCACCUCGUCCCGCUCAGGAUACUCACAUGGCCCAUGCCCAUUAUCCUGUGGCGGCUUCAGCUGCAGUGGCCAGCCGCCCUACGCCCAUCUCGGCGCGUUCGUCUCAGAGCUUGGUGGAUCACGGUGCAUACCGAGAGCCAGCGUUGACUGCAGAGAAUCGGCCUUCUAGUUCACUGCAAGUUGCCAGUUUGCAGGAGCAAGUCAAGCUCCACAAGCAGACAAUUGAUAAUUUGAUCAAUGACAAGACGACACUGGAGCAGGCAGUUGCUAAGCUUGAGCUGAUCGUCGGUGAAAAAGAAGGUGACUGCUCGUUGGCUGUACAACACAUUGACCAGAUCAAGAAACAGAACGAAGAGCUGGUGACAUCGUUUGGUGAGCUGGAGCGCAAACACCACCAGCACACCCAGGUGGUUGCUGAGAAAGACCAGGACAUCUCCAAACUUACCGCAGCUCUGCAGAAAGUGAAACAAUCCUGCGAAGCGCUCACCAGAGAAAAGGAAGACCUAUCCGGUAAACUAGAGUCUCAGAAUGCUAGUAGUGUGGAACUACAACAGGCAUACAAUAAUCUGCAGGAACGGCUGGCAGCUGCAGAGGCGCAAGCUGGUGAGAUGGCCAGCCAGCGCGACUCCACGAGUCAGUAUGCAGAUCUCUUCAAGGAGAAGCUGACUCAGCAGGUCUCGUCCCUGAGCGAGGAAAUUGCUGCGUUGAAUCAGCAGCUGGAGGAGAAGGAUGCCAAUACUGCACAGCUGCAACUUCAGCUUGUUGAACUUCAGGGUUCAGAAGCGGAGAAAGUCACGGCCAAUGAGAAGCGCGUACAGCAGUUGACCAGUCGCCUGACGGAGGAGAAGCGCUCCCUGCAGAUGAACCUGGACAGCGAGAUGGAGAAGAAUCGAAACAUUCACCAGCAGGUGAUCAAGCAGGGAGAUCGCAUCAACAAUCUUGAAAACCAACUGACGCAAACAGGCAGUCAAGCAUCGGUGUCCUUACGCAAUGUCCGCCAGGAACUCGAGAAGGAAAGGGAACGGCUGCAAGAAGCCGGCCAGGAGAAGGAUAGUCUGCGACGGCAACUGCAAGACCUCCACAAGGAAUACUCUAAUUUGCUGACUGUCCACCAGCAAACCAAGGAGAGUUUUCAGUCCCAGGGCGGUGAUACGCGAGAGCUGGAAAGUCAGCUGCAAGAGAAAACGUCGCAGCUGCGCCGUGUGCAGGAAGAGCUGCUGCAAACCCGCGAAGGUGUUGACGCCGUCAACCGUGAAAACACCAGCUUGAGAGAACACCUGCAACACGCGCAAGCGGUGGCAUCUGAGACCGCAGCGGCCACAGCUGCUGCUGCUGCUGCUGCUGCUUCGCAACAAGCUGUACAACCAGCGGCAUCACCGGAGAACGGCUCCGAUGCAGACGGCAAUGCAGUCCAGGUUCAAGCCCUCCAGCAUACCGUGCAGCAGCUGCAGGUGGACCGCGAUCACAUUCUCACCGAGUUCCACCGGCACAGCCAGGCAUACCAGACGCACAUCGCCGGACUGAGAGCAGAGCUGGCGCGCAUCGGCCAGGCCGCCGCAGCCUCCAGCAGCAGCAGCCAAUCCACACGGGCAACGCCGACGGCCUCCAGUACGUCCGUCACUGAAACCCCGGCGUUGUCGUCGUCACAACCGACCGUGAACGGUCUGGAGGAGACCGGUGGUGGUGAUGGACAUCAGCCAGACGCAGCAGCUUGCUCUAACUGUCACCACUUGCAGCACGGUGUGCAACAAAUGAAUACUACCCUGGAAACUCUGCAGGUUCGUUUUUCAGAGGUGAUGGCAGAGAAAGCUGAACUUGUCCAGUCUCUGCAUACAAUGGAACACCAGUUAGUGCAGCUGGAGGUGGAAACUGACACUAUAGGGGAAUACGUCUCCGUGUACCGCUCCCAGCGGGAAGAGCUACUUUCGCAGUUCGGCGAGAAACGCAAGCUCAUCUCGUGGCUUCAAACACAGAAAAGCGACGUCGUGGGUUUGCUACAUCAGCUGAAUACCCUAGCUCACUGCAAUGCAGCCAGCUCUAAUGCUAGUAGUGCGUCAGCCAAUGGAGAGCGGCAGACUCCGCAGAACGAACGCGCUGCCACAACUAAUGGUGCAGUUGGUGGUGCGGCAUCCGAGCGCCUGGACACGAACACUGCCGAAUUGCUGCAGCGUCUCAUCGAGGUUGUGUUCUACCUGUGCCAGGGUGACCCGUCUCUCAACAGCUCGCCGCCGGUAACGGAAUCGCCUACGCCCCAGCGGCAAGCUUCAUCUGUCAACGUCGCUACAGCUGUGCGCACGCCAACAAAGCCUGUGGCAGCGGUGACCGCUCAGACCAAGCGUAGUGCAUCGCAUUCGCCAGCGGCGAAUGGCUCAGUUGCGACAGCCAGUGCAGUGCACUUUGUCGUGCCGCGCACUACUGUUCACUCGGACGUUUUGGCCAUCUGAUAGCGGGCGUGCUCGAGGCGAGACGUCAUUGAGGUUGUCUGUUGUCUCUGCAUGUUUUAACCUCCACCCCAUCCCACGCGUAGCUUUCUGUACGGUCUGCAAUUACAUGUACCCGUCCUCGUGUUCAUACAGUCACUUGUCUGUUGCACUUCCCCAGCUCCCCUUUUUAGUUCCAGUUUUACAUGUUCUCCCCACGCUCACUUUGUUGCAUGAAUCCUAACACGAACCCUUCCCCUGUCCAGCACUUGAGCCUGGUGAUAGAGUAGAGAUGUGGCUAUUUCACCUAUCAAGAUAGGACCUGUACUGUCCAAUAUAUUCUCAUCUACACUUUCGCCACGUUGGAUGUUUCUGUAGCUUAACGAACCAUCAUCAUCUUAUUUUGUGUUCCGCUCAGUGUUCACUGAUGCUCGGGAAGUAAUGCGAGGGUUUUUAUACACCUCCCCGCUAACCGUGCACGUCAAACGUACCCACCCUUGUUUAAUAUUCAUAUGAAGUACAGUUGAAUUCGGAUUACUGCAA